AUGAGAACAUAUUUGUGUGUAUAUGAUCUGUGGGAAGUGGUAGAGGUUGGAAGAGAGGUAAAUCUUUUGCCAAAUAAUCCAAUUAUGACACAAAUUAAGAAUCACAGAGAAGAGGUUUCAAAAAACUUUAAAGCACUCUCUUGCAUACAAUCAACACUUUCGGAAGUAAUUUUCGCAAGAAUUAUAGCGAGUGAAAAUGCAAAGAAGGCUUGGGACAAGUUGAAAGAAGAAUUUCACGGAAGUGACAAGAUUAGGCAAAUAAAAGUGAUAAAUCUGAAAAGGGAGUUUGAAAUUCUCAGAAUGAAGGAUUCAGAAAUUAUUGAAGAAUUCUCCAACAACAAAGAUCUCACAAAACUGCCACCUUCAGAACUUGUACAUGCUCUUCAAUAUCAAGAGCAAAGAAGAUCCUUGAGGCAAGAAGAAGCUACUGAAACUGCUCUUCAAGCCAAGUUCAAAGGGAAGAUGCAAAUGCAAGAGGAAGGUAAAAUCCUAGAAACUUCUACUAAUUCUAGUAGAAAUAAUCAAGGCGAUUCUCGCAGUGGAGUCAAGAAGAGAGAAAACUUUCCUCCAUGCAAGUAUUGUAGAAAAACCAAUCAUAAAGAGGAUGAUUAUUGUUUUAAGGGGAAGAAACUACCUCUCCAGUGUAGAUAUUACAAUACGCUUGGUCAUAUUGAAAGGUUUUGCAGAGUGAAGAAGGAGAACAACCAACAGACUCAAAAAACCAACAUUUCAGAAGUUGAAGAACAGGAAGAGUUUGUGUUUGCGGCGAUGGCAGCAACAAGAUUGAAUGAUGAAAACACACGGUUUCUUUGUUAA